CGAGGGAUGCGAAAGGGCAAAAAUGUGAAAAUUUGACCUAAGCAGAGAAGCGAAAUAAGUAAAUUGAGAAAAAAGAACUGCAACAACGACGUUGACGGGUGGGAGAGAGUAUAUAGAGAGGAGAUUGGAGUCGGCUUACUGUCAGUGAGUUAGUGAGAGUGCCGUGUUAUUCGUCAGAAGUUUACUUCCAGCCGCCCUGGACACGAGAAACCGCAAGUUAUUCGGACAAAAAUGCAGCUCGUCGCAAUCAUCUUGCUGGGAUGCUGCGUGGUCGCCCACUCAGCUCCGCUCUCCGACUCUUUGGCGGUGGAAAAAGUUCCGGGUUUCGAGGUGGAGAGAAGUUUCACAGAAUCCGAGGGCGCACAAUUGUCCGAAAACAGGAUCGCGAGGAUGAAAAGAUCCGGCGGUGGAUCGGGAGGAUUUUUGUCAGGAAUCGGGAGCGCUAUUCUCGGCAAGGUUGCCGAGGCAUCGAGCGGUGUCAGCACCGGAAGUAGCGACGGAAGCAGCAAAUCGCAUCAGUACGAAUCCGUCGAAUAUGGACCGCCGGUGCACGACUACGACGAGAAGAACUUCGACGUAUGGUCGUUCAAGAAGGCUAUACUGAACACGCUCUUCCAAGCACUGAAAGCGAUCGGCGGGGGUGUGAUCGCCCUCAAGGGAAAGCUGAUCAAGGGGGGCGGAAUAAUAGUAUCGGCAAAGGGUAACAUAAUCAGCGCGAAAGGCGAAGCGAUAACUACCCUCGGUCGUCACAUAGCCUCAAGUGCAGUUUUGACGCCGCCGAAACCGGUGCACAAUUACCACUACGAACCGCCGGUCCACGUUCCAGUUUCAGGUCAUGAUUCCUACGCUGGUCCACCGCCCAGCGCGUAUGGUCACCAUGGAGGAUACGCGGCUCACGCAUCACCGGACAGCAGCUACGGUCACACGGCGUACGCAUCGCCAUCAGACGACGCAGAUAAUCCGGGACUGGUGAUAGUAAAACCGGCCGAAGACCCAGGAGUACUACCGGCUAGCGAUCAGGACGAGGACAGUUCGCCGUAUCCGGUCUACAAGCCGGAGUCCGAGGAACAUCAUCAUCAUCAUCACGAAGUCGAGAUAAUCACCCCGAGACAUCCGCAGCUUUCGGCACUCUCGGAGAGCUUCGGGGGCUACCAAAAGGACUCAGGAUCAGGAGGCGGGAUCGGUGACCUGGUCAGCCAGAUAUCAGCCGCCUCGAGUUCGAAUUCCCAAUCGGAUCAGCAUCACGAGGAACACCAUGAGGAACGCCAUAAGGAACACCAUGAGGGGUCCAACCACCAGCACCACCACCAAGAAGAUGGACACGCCGAUCCACCGAACCUGGACUUCUCGUCCUUGGCACUUCCGGCUCAAUUCGGUGGCCAACACUUCGGCAAAAGUCCUCUCGAGUUUGGAAUGGCGCCAUUUGGGGCGGGCCAUCAGGGCCUGGAUGACGGCUUCGUGAUGAUGAUGUUCCCGAAGCCAUUGGUCGAGGUUCCCGUUCUCCACUCGCACGGUCCCAGGGGUUACUUACCACCAUCGAAGAACUACAUUCAUCAUGAAUUCGGGAGCCUCCAUGGUGGUCCGCUUAAUUACGGACCCCUGACGAAGAGAUCCGGUGUAAAAGCAUCGAAAAUUGGGGAGAUAAGAAUCGUUCCGUCGAUCGGUUACGUGUUGAAAGAUUCGCGGGCUUUUAGAGGGUAGAGAAAUUCGGUUUGGCCAGAAAAGACGAUGGUUUUUACAGGUCAUGUUUUCGGCAGGGGAUGAA